AUGAAGCUAUUCACUACUUUCAUUUUUAUUGCUGCUGUUGCAUCUGUUGCUUUUACAUUUACUUUCGUUGCUGAAGAAAUACAGAAAGAUGGUGGAACUGUGAUUGGUAUUGAUCUUGGAACAACAUAUUCAUGUGUUGGUAUUUUCAAGAAUGGUCAAAUAGAAAUUAUUGCUAAUGAUCAAGGUAAUCGAAUUACGCCAUCUUAUGUAGCAUUUACAUCUGACGGUGAACGAUUAAUUGGUGAUGCAGCUAAAAAUCAAUUGACAUCAAAUCCAGAAAGUAUGUUUAGCUUUUUUAUUAUUGAAUUUAUAUUUCUAUGUAAUAAUAAAUAUGUUUAG